CGUGGCACUCACACAGCCGGCCUCCCUUGCUCCGCCCACUUCCUGCCCAGUUCCGCGCCUUUCCAGGACCCUCUUCCUGUGAACCGGAUGCUCUGUCAGUUUCCUCCUCCGUGUCCUCUGCUGCUCCCUCCAGGUUCCUCUUCUUGAAGUCGCACCUGCCCCCAAAGGCCUACCCACGGAGCUCUGUGUUGGCGGGCCUGGCAGAGGCGGGACAGCGGUAGGAGCUGGGCGCGCACGGUUACCGCGCGUGGAGGAGACACUGCCCUGCGGCGAUGGGGGCCAGGGGCGCUCCUUCACGCCGGAGACAAGCAGGACGGCGGCUGCGGUACCUGCCGGCCGGCAGCUUUCCCUUCCUCCUCCUCCUGCUCCUCCUCUGCAUUCAGCUCGGCGGCGGCCAGAAGAAAAAGGAGAAUCUUUUAGCUGAGAAGGUGGAACAGCUGAUGGAAUGGAGUUCGAGACGUUCGAUCUUCCGAAUGAAUGGUGAUAAAUUCCGAAAGUUUAUAAAGGCACCACCUCGUAACUAUUCUAUGAUUGUUAUGUUCACUGCUCUUCAGCCUCAGCGUCAGUGUUCUGUGUGCAGGCAAGCUAAUGAGGAAUAUCAAAUACUGGCUAACUCCUGGCGCUAUUCAUCUGCUUUUUGUAACAAACUGUUCUUCAGUAUGGUGGACUAUGAUGAGGGGACAGAUGUUUUCCAGCAGCUCAAUAUGAACUCUGCUCCUACAUUUAUGCAUUUUCCACCAAAAGGAAGACCCAAAAGAGCUGAUACAUUUGAUCUUCAAAGAAUUGGAUUUGCAGCUGAACAACUAGCAAAGUGGAUUGCUGACAGAACGGAUGUUCAUGUUCGGGUCUUCAGACCACCCAACUACUCUGGCACUAUUGCUUUGGCCCUGUUAGUGUCACUUGUCGGUGGUUUGCUUUACUUAAGGAGGAACAAUCUGGAGUUCAUCUAUAACAAGACUGGUUGGGCCAUGGUGUCUUUGUGUAUAGUCUUUGCUAUGACUUCUGGCCAGAUGUGGAAUCAUAUACGUGGGCCUCCAUAUGCUCAUAAAAACCCUCAUAACGGACAAGUGAGUUACAUUCAUGGGAGCAGCCAGGCUCAGUUCGUGGCAGAGUCACACAUUAUUCUGGUAUUGAAUGCUGCCAUCACCAUGGGAAUGGUUCUCCUAAAUGAAGCUGCAACUUCCAAAGGGGAUGUUGGAAAAAGAAGGAUCAUCUGCCUAGUGGGAUUAGGCUUGGUGGUCUUCUUCUUCAGUUUUCUGCUUUCAAUAUUUCGUUCCAAGUACCACGGCUAUCCUUACAGUGAUCUGGACUUUGAGUGAGAAGAUGUGAUUUGGACCAUGGCACUUAAUAACUCUGUAACCUCAGCUUUUUAAUAAAAUGAAACCAAGUGGAGUGUGCAUAAGCUGAAUGUUUACCAUGAAGAUAACUGUUCCUGACAUUAUUACCAUUUUAAAUUCUCAAAUUCAUUUUCUUUGUUGAUUGUGAUAAGCUACUUGAUUCUUGUAUAUUUUUUUAAAUGUGGAUUUUGCUAGUAAAUUUAAUUUAUAAAAAUGGAUGGUAAAAUUUCAUAAUCUGCAGAGAAUGAAUAGAAUGUUUUUAAAGUUUAUUAUAUUCAGUGUAUGCCAUAUGUCACAGGAUUGAAUAAAUUAUGAUGUAAUUAUGAAUUCAUGCUUUACAACUGUUCACUCAUUAGGAAGGAAAACACAAUGUUAGUAGUACAGGAAACUGAUAAAAUGUAUGUUAAAGAAUUCUUAGGAUUGCACAAGAAUUGGGCAUAUGCAUGAAACUAUGUCAGGUUCUGAAAGUUAUACUUAUUGAAGUUUCAGUUAUAAAGGAUGAUGUGUGUUGAAACAAACAGUGUUCUGUUGUUAUUAACCGUAACCACAUAAAGGUGUAUGGGUCAGCAGAUGAGUAAUACCUACCACUUGG